AAAAGCAUCAUCUUCCAGCCCACCUUCAAAACCCUAAACCCUAAUUUCGGUUUCCGGUACCUUCCUCUCUCCAAAUCUCCCCGUCUCACCUGAGAAGCCCUGAAGACACCAUUUUUGUCCACCAUAAAGCUACCCAACCAGAAACCAUAAAUCAAUUAAAAAAAGAGAACCAUCAUUAGCAACAACUGUACUCUAACAGUCAUGACUGACCUCGAGAUAACUCGUUCAGAGAAGAAGAAAAAGAAGAACAAAUACAAAGAUGAGACCCACCAAGAUUUGGACACAAUCGAAACCCAGACCGAUGGUUUCCUAAUCAAGCCCCAGAGCUUCACUCCCACAAUCGACACCUCUCAGUGGCCAAUCCUUCUCAAGAAUUACGACCGCCUCAAUGUGCGAACAGGACACUACACUCCUCUUCCGUCCGGUUACUCCCCUCUCAAACGCCCACUCGCCGAGUACAUUCGCUAUGGUAUACUCAAUCUCGACAAGCCUGCAAACCCAUCUUCUCAUGAGGUUGUGGCCUGGAUCAAACGGAUUCUCCGGGUCGAUAAAACGGGUCACAGUGGAACUCUCGACCCCAAAGUCACCGGAAACCUCAUCGUCUGCAUUGACCGAGCCACCAGGCUUGUCAAGUCCCAACAAGGGGCUGGGAAAGAGUACGUGUGUGUUGCCCGGUUACAUUCUUCAGUGCCCGAAGUCGCAAAAGUGGCUCGGGCACUGGAAACGCUUACUGGGGCUGUUUUUCAACGGCCACCGUUGAUCUCCGCCGUGAAAAGGCAGCUUAGAGUUAGGACUAUAUAUGAGAGUAAGCUUUUGGAGUAUGACCCAAAUAAACAUUUGGUGGUUUUUUGGAUUUCUUGUGAGGCGGGCACGUAUGUGAGGACUAUGUGUGUGCAUUUGGGUUUGAUUUUGGGUGUGGGAGGUCAUAUGCAGGAGCUGAGGAGAGUUCGGUCGGGGAUUAUGGGUGAGAAAGAUAAUAUGGUAACUAUGCAUGAUGUUAUGGAUGCACAGUGGAUGUACGAUAAUUAUAGAGAUGAGAUUUACUUGAGGAGGGUUAUCAUGCCUUUGGAGGUUCUUUUGACUAGUUACAAGAGGUUGGUGGUGAAGGAUUCCGCGGUGAAUGCCAUUUGUUAUGGGGCUAAGUUGAUGAUUCCGGGGUUGUUAAGAUUUGAGAAUGAUGUUGAGGCGGGGGAGGAAGUUGUAUUGAUGACUACUAAAGGAGAAGCAAUUGCAUUGGGUAUUGCAGAGAUGACUACAGCUGUUAUGGCUACUUGUGAUCAUGGGGUUGUUGCAAGGAUUAAGAGGGUAGUAAUGGAUAGAGAUACGUAUCCGAGGAAAUGGGGUUUGGGGCCGAGGGCUUCAAUGAAGAAGAAGUUGAUUGCAGAGGGGAAGUUGGAUAAGCAUGGGAAGCCAACUGAGAACACCCCUUCUGAGUGGUUGAGAAAUGUGGCUCUCCCGACAGGAGGGGAUUCAAUGGUUGCGAGUCUUGCGGCUGUGAGUGAGCCGGUUUUGGCAAAUGCAGAGACUGCUGUGGUGGAGGGUGAGAAGAAAAAGAAGAAGAAGCAUAAAGAUAAGGAUGAUGGUGAGGAGGGGCAUAAGCGUAAAGUUGAGGAGAUUGGUGACGGUCCUGCACCAGAUGGUGCUAAGAAAGCAAAGGUUACAGAAGUUGAAGAAAUCGUACAGUUUGAACAGAAAGAGAAGAAAAAGAAGCAGAAGAAAGAGGGUGAUGAGACGGUAUUUUCUGACGCUGAAAAAGCUAAGAAGGAGAAAAAAAAGAAAGACAAGGAGCAGGAUGAGCCUGGAUCAUUUUAUGGAGAGAUAUCUGAGAAGAAAAAGAAGAAGAAUAAAGCUGCAGAGAAUGGUGAUAACUCUGUUUUGCCUUCAGCUACUCCUGGGAGUGGUGAGGAAGCAAGUAAAAGGGAGAGGAAGGAAAAGAAGAAGAAGAAGAAAAAUAAAGAUGCUGAAAUUGAGUAGAUUAUGAAGAAACACUUG